AUGAAAACCGCUGGGAUAGAUUUUCAGUCCACACCGGAUUAUCUGUCUCAAAAAAAUGUAUCAUUGGAAACAAAACUUCGAACUAGUGUACCAUCAACAAUAGACUCGGAAUCAUUAAAAACCAUUGCUACUCUGAUGCAUAAGAUUAUAUCGAUUGAAAUUGUCGAAUCAUUAUGGUUGCUAUAUCGAAAAGCAGGUGUAGGAGAACUUGAAUCUACACUACGACCAGCAAAACAAACAAACAUGAAGAUGUGGGCAAAACAGGUUAAAUUAAUAGCAAAACAAUGUAAAGGUGAUGUUACCACGAUUAAAGAUAUCGCUUGUUUACCAAUCGUAGAUGAAUGUUUGCGUGAAAUGAAUUUAAAAAGUGAAGAAUAUCGCCGUGAAUUAAAUGUAAAAACAAGCCGUUUAAUUGGUUAUAACCGUGGUUUGGAGUAUAACAUUGAAAAGUUUGUUCGACAAGGACUUGAAUCAUUACGAAUCAACAUUGAACAACAGAAAGCACUUGUACAAUACGAUUAUACGAAUAAAAUCUUUAAAGAGAUUUAUCUUACUUAUAAUUCUAAUCAGAAUCAGAUUGAAUCAAAUUCUGUAUCAAUGAAUAGUCAAUCGAAGAAGAAUCAACCAGCACCACAAGGUGUCACUGCAUCACGAGCAUUAUGGGAACCCCGACCAUUGACACCGACCACUACCCCAAUGGAAGUGUCAGUGCAACAACAAACAUCUAAGAAGAAGAAAAAACGAAUAAAACGAUGUCAUGGUAAUCACAAAUUACGACAUUUUAAAAAGAAAUGUAUUCGACGUGGAUUGAAUGGAGAAGACAUACAGAAAUUAAUGGAUCAAUAUAAACAACGCAAAAAUGGAAUUCCAAAUUUGAGGGCGAAAACAAGACAAUCCCAACUCUGUCAACAAUUUGUUGAAAAUCGUUUGGCAGAACUUAAUCAACAAUAUGAUCAAUGUACGACUGAAUUAACAGCACAAUCUCACUCAUGUCCAGCAAAAUUCUUACCAUUGGAAAAAAUCGAUGAUGAUCUGAAAGAAUUUGUCCAACUAGAACAAAAAUAUUUCACAACUAAAAUUAAUUCACGAUUAACCAGAUAUAAAGAUGUAAUUCAUGAAAAUGAACUAUGGCUUACCUUAUGUAAUCCUCCUCUUAAUAUAGAUCAAAAAAAUUCUAUUGAUCAAUUGUUAGCACUACAAGAAAAACAACUAGAAGUGUUCGAAAAUUUUCUAAAGUUGGAAACACAAGUGACAGUUGAAGUUUUACCUAAAAAUUUCGAACAUUUAGAAUAUUUUAUUGCGCCCAAUCUCUAUUCACCAAUGAUUCGAGAUUCUCUAGCUCUAGAACUCAAACAACAAAAAUAUAAAAUUAUUCAAGAAGCAAAACGUACAUGGUUAACUAUUUAUAUUCAUGGAUACGAGACAAAAUAUGAAGAAUAUGUUCAUCAAUAUCAGGAAACUUUGAAAUCAUUUGAAUUACAAUGCUCAAAUCAUCCUAGUCAAAGCACUGAAACAACUCGAUUUCAAUCUUUUCUUCUUUAUAUCAACCAUUGGAUACAUCGAUUGAAACAAGAGAUUUAUUAUCAAACAAUUCCAAUUUAUCGAAGAAAAUUAAUACGCCUUCGUCGACAGUGGAGAUUGAACAAGAAAAAAUUGGUGUCAAUUUCUCCCAGAAUUAUUAUGGAUCUUAUUCGUCAUCCAUUUACUAGAGCUGAAUUAGCUUUUCUUUCCAGAGGUCCAUCCUAUAUAAGAUCAAAUCAAAGUGCACUUCGUCGAUCUGAUCAACGUGAAACGCAGGUUGAUAAAGAACUAAAUAAUAUUAUGGAUAAACUUAAGAAGUAUAUGAGUGCUAGUCAUGAUGGACAACCAAAAAUAGCUUACAAAGCAUUGGUAUUUAAAACCUAUGCAGAACGACUUCGAACAUAUCUUCUCUCACGUUAUAUGACUCCAUUACCUUUCAUCGAUCAUUUACGUGCCCGACAAGAAUUAAAAUUAAUCAAAUCUAUAUUGCAAAAAUUAAAGAGAAAUAAACUUAUCCUACGCGAAACAGAUAAAAGUGGUGUAUUUCAUAUUGGUCGUGCUAGUGAUUAUGAACGAAAAGCAAUUGAAUAUCGAGAAAAAACAGGGGCUUAUCAAGAAAUAACUGAUAAUCCACUCAAGGAUAUUUUUCGCCAAGUCGUUCAAUUAUUAAAUCAAUUACGUUCAGACAAUAAAAUUAAAGUAUAUCAACAAAUGAAAAUGAUGCCAAUUCAAAAUAAAAUCGAAUUAUCUUAUAUGUAUUUUCUUCCGAAAGCACAUAAAAAAGGAACACCACUUCGACCUAUCAUUAAUACGAUACAUGCAGCAACAACAGCCAUAUCGAAAUAUUUGGAUCAAUCAAUUCGACCCUUAUUCGAUCGAUUUGCUCGUUCAACAACUAUUCUUGAUGGUGUUGAUCUUCUUGUUCAACUUCAGAAAUACAUUGAGAAAGGUUAUUUUAAUUCUACGACUCUCUUUAUUACUUUCGACAUUUCAAAUCUUUAUACCAUGUUACCACAAGAAGGAUCAUUAGCUAUUCUUGCUGAGUUUCUACAGACACAUCAUUGUGAAAGAAUCAAUGGUAUGUCUAUUGAAACAAUUAUCGAAUUAGCUCGUCUGGUACUUCAAACAAAUAAUUUUGUUUAUGGUAAAAAAAUAUAUCGACAAAUUAUUGGUGGUGCGAUGGGAUCAGCAUUUACGUUGACAUUGGCCAAUGUGUUCAUGUGGAAAUGGGAACGACAAGCCAUUCUGUCAAAAUUACCGUCUCAUGAAUUCUAUGGCAGAUAUAUUGAUGAUAUCUUUUUCACAUCAAACGAGACGGAAACAACUAUAAAACAAUGGCUCAAGGCAGCCAAUCAAUUUCAUCCAAACAUUAAAUUAACCUAUACAAUGGGAAAGAGUGUUUCUUUUCUGGAUCUUCUCUUAACUAAUAAUAAUGGUAUUCUUUCAACAUCCGUCUAUCAUAAGCCAUCCGCUGAGCCAGCUGUUCUUUCAUUUUUAUCGGAUCAUCCUCGACAUGUUUUUCGAAAUGUCAUUCAAACGGCUCUAAUGCGAGCGAUACGAUAUUCAUCCACAUUUGAAGCAUUCAAUGUAGAACGACGUAGGAUUCGAUUAACUUUAUUAUUGAAUGGUUAUCCAACGAAAUAUAUCAAUAUACAAUUUCAAGAAUUCUUUACAAGGUACUUGUCUUCAUCUUCAUUAGCUUCGAUUUUGCCAUUGAUUGAAAAUGAAGAACAAUUUUUUAUUAUACGUGAAAAAUUACUUGCACAACCGUCUAUUCAACAAAUAAUUGUGAGUAAACGUGCAGCGACAGUCAAUACAAUACUUCAUGAUCAACAUAUUGAAGAAGAGAGAAGAACUACGAGAGACAAAGACAAUAAAUUCAAGAACAAAAUCUUUAUCCAUUGUACACAUGAAGCUAGACUGGAAGGUUUAAAACGAUAUAUACAUGAAAUUCAUGAUGACAUCUUUAAGAAAACUGAUUGUGGAGAUAUUCGAUUAAUUGUUGGCCAUCGAAAUAAUCCGAAUAUAGAAUUUGAACUGACACGUAAACGUCCCAAUUCCUCGUUACUCAAGGAAAUACCACCUGACAAAAAACAAAAACCAAAUGAACCUCCAGCGACAACAUAA